UCCUCUUCGAGAAGAAUACGUGUAUCCUUCCAAGCCUGUUUGUUGUAUCAUCAGAAUCAUUGCGCGUCUGUCCCAGUAUUACUGCAACAUUUUGGAGGUAUACUGCACCUGGUGCAUCAAUCAACCUACGGUGUCUCCGGCAGCAUACGUGCUAUGGGGCGACAAGAUCUUUCUCAGAUGAAGCUAGCUGUUCUCCUGAUGCUUCUUCUCUGCUCCUGGCGUGCUUUCGCUCUCCCAACUUCGUGGCUUCCCGAUAAAGGAGUGGUACCCAGUCUUGAGUCGAUACUAAAUUUCAACCACAGCACGCAGUUGAUCGGGCCUUGGGUCACCAUCUCUCAAUACGCUGUGUUUCUUCUCACCAAACAACCCAUAACAUCUGACUUCUUCCGGGCAAUUUUUGAACGAACAGAACGGGCAACACCUUCAGUAAUACUGAGUCUGCUCCGGAAGCACCAGCCCUUUGUGUACGGGGCAUUCGAAUUCACUGUGGUUGCAGCCAAUAUCAUCUUCGCGGCUGGCGUGGCCACGUUCUUGCUCCGCGUGAUUGGCACGUGCGGUUCGUCGAAGGAGCAGGAUGUCACAGUCAACUUCAAACUUCUGCUGAAUACUUACAUGGUCUCCUCUUGGGUGGUCAUGGGAAUAGCUAUAUUCUUCGCUGUGAUCGUGCUGUCGUGUGAUUUCAACAUCAACAUGGGGGCUCAAGCGUUGACAGUAUUCAUUACGAGCUACAAGAACAACCUCUACGAUUUCAUUGACAGAGAUAUGCUUGCAGAAGCAGACAAGACUUAUAAUGGGCUCAUGGAGGAGAUACAAGAACACGAAAAAUUCUUCACGAUGGAUUUCGCGACCACGGCUGGCGUGGCCCUCGUUGCAGCGCUCCGAGAAUACAAGCAAAUGCCAACCAUUUUUAAAGCCAACUAUACAAAAGCUUUGAGUGAAGUGGUGCCACCGGCGACAUCUCUUCCAGCUGUAGAAAAGGCUGCAGCAGCGGUGGACACAGCGACAAAAGAAAUGAGCGCCGCUGUAUUGACUGCCCUUCUGGACUCAACCGUCUUCCAAAGAUACGGUCUCAUCAUUACCUUAUCCGAUCUCAUAGAGCGGGUUCGAGGACAGCUGACCAGCUACAAACACGAAGUCGGAAACGUGAGAACCGGCGUCGAAUCGAUGUUCAGCAUAUUGCUAGACGAUCCUCAAACGCUGUUCUACAUCCCAACGAUGCAGAAAGGGAUUUCGCAGACGAUAACCUUAAUGCUGAUCUUCGUGGGUACCACCAUCGGUGGAAUGAUAUGCGGUUGCCUGUUGGGCUACACCAAUCACCCGGACAACACCUCACCCCUGGAGCGAAAUGAGUUGUCGAACGUCGCCGGGAAGAUACUUGUCAUCACCAGCUACAUCAUGACAGCAGGCGUCACGAUAAUGACUCUUGUGACCGGACUUGUCUUGGUGGUUGGCUGCCUUGCCGAAAUCUUCAUGUGUCGCGUCGAUAGAAGCUUCGGGGAGAACCCACUGCUCAUAGACUACAGCUCUCUACUUCUUAUGAACCCCAUGAAGAACUCGUACGACGUGCGAAAGGUCAUUCGAUUCAGCGUUGUCCAGGCGCAUUGCCAGAGCCAUUUGGGCAUCUCUGAAUUGGCUGGGAUUCGAACAGAAGAGCUCGGAAAAGCUGUCCGCAAAAUUGCGGGACUCCAGAAAGACCUGACGUACCACUACACUUUGAACGUCCGUGACCUCGUGAGGCGUUUAGGAGAAAGGCAGAAACUGGUCGAAGACUUUUACAAGGCUUUCACUGCCGCUAACAUAAAAGCGACGCCUGAUAACAAGGUUCAAAUGGAUCUCAUUCAGGCGUACAUCACUGAUGAUAAUAAACUUUUCCAGUACUCCAACAAAAGCACUGAGGAUUUGAAGAAGUUUCUUGAAAAGGCAUUCAUACAGUUCACUCUGAAGAAGUGUGACAGCGUUCGCAACGACAUAACUUUACGCCUGAGUGAUUUCGACAGCGUUGGAAACUGUUCCAAGCUUUUGGGCGUCUAUGAAGUCUGCUUCACUAUAUUCUGUAAAGGUCUUAUCGACUACGUUAAUGGUUAUUGGUUAUCGCUUCUCUGCAUGGUGUGUGUCUACAUAUACGCCAUAUACAUAUGCCUCUGCACGUCUAAGUAUUUCUUUACCAUGGAGAGCUAUACGUACGAAGGAGAGCCUGUUCCAGAGGGGACGAAGUUUCAGGACCUGGCCACUCACCGCAAGCAAAGGUUGAGAAAAAGGAGAGUAGACCACAUGAUGAAGCAAGCGGCUGAUGUUCCCGAAGGCAUUGACUACGGUCAGGCGGACGAGGAGCAGAGGAGGAUGAAGGAAGCGGCAGAGAAAGCGAAAGCUCUGCGAAAGAUGAAAGUAACGCGGAUUGAAGAAGCUAGAGAGCAGAAAGAAGGCAACAUCCGAGGUGCACUAAUGGCAAUGGUGCCACUGGCGCCACUCAGGGUGGUGGCGGCUAAAAUAGUCAAGGGACGAGAUCAGCCGGGAUCUUCACAAGGCACUUCAGAAACACUGAGUUCCCAGACGUCGCCAGCACCACUCGGCACGCAGCAAAAUCAAGCAUCGUCGCAACCAGGAAGUAAAAAUUACUCACCAAAUGACAAAAAAUACCCCGCAGACGAGCUCGCACCGGUGUUCCGUCCAUAACGAUCAGUUUAGUGCACAACCAAAAUUCACGUCUCUCCAGCGUUAUGCAAAGUGCAUACUCCAAUGUACUUAUAGUAUCGAAUGGUAGAUCAUCUUUACCGAUGAGCCCAAUAAAAUAAAUUUUCACAAUU